AUGUUGAACCAAAUACCCAGCGACGUUAUCCCACUGAAAGAAUUGAUGGUAGUGAUGGCCAAUGGGAAACAGGAGGAAGAACAUUUAUAUGAAUGUUGGUUGACCUGGGGAUGUGGUUUGACAUUACAAGAAUUCACCGAUGUAGCUCAUGAAGAAAUGACCACCAGCGGUUGGGCUCAGAAUCAUGGUGAUACUGUUUGGGCGUUAGUCAGAAGAUCAGAUCCUCAAGGUUCAAUAUUAUCAGCAUGUGAGACACAUCGUACUCGUGGAUUUCUGAAGCAGAAAGGAGGGAAUAAAGUUGAGAAUGCUUGGUAUUAUGGUAUGACUUGUGUUGUCACUCCGGCGCAACAUCAAAGAAAAGGUUACGCCACACAUUUACUUCGUUUAAUGCAUUACAUCCUUGCUUCUCCUCUUCAUCUUCCCACCUUUCCAUCAGAAUGGGGAUCUCCACCCUCUCCUAUACCUAUCGAACUCAAAGAAUACUUUCCUCCAGCGUGGGGCACAUUUCUAUCUAGUGAAAUUGGUCCUGACUUUUAUUAUCGUUGUUUAGUUGGGAUCGAUAGGAGAGGUUGGGAAGCGAAAGAAGUAUGGCAAGAAGAAGUGGAAUGGGAAAUAUUAUCUUCCUCAAGGCUCUCAAUUCCUUCCGACCCUUCAAAGUCCUCGCCUAUCCUUGCCCGCUCAGAGUCUAUAUAUCAUGCCGCUCUUCCGAAUCCAUCUGAACAGCGAGUGCAAGCGACAUCAUCCACCAACAAAGCCGUCUUUUGUCCCGACCCAGCCUCCAAGGGAAUCUUAACGUUCGCUUCUGUCAGAGGCGCCUACGGACCACAGCCAGCGUGGAGAAAAUUUCCUCAGCCCUUGGGCAUUCGUCUCCCGGCUCACAAAGGGACAAGUGGCGAGGUACAUCAGGACGACACCAUCAUCCUCUUCGCUCUAUACAACCAGCAGGUAGGUGACGGUCUGUUAAUCACUUAUAUCCACAACCUUUCUCCUGACGUGCUCCCGUCCGCACUUUCGGCCCUGGACCGACUGAUCUCUGAGCAAGGGGCGGAAUGGAACAUGGGCCGUGUGUGGGAUUUGGAUUCGUCGAACGAUCUGGCGGCUGCAUGGAAGCAAAGCGGCAGGAGAGUCAACGUGAACCGACGGCGGGGUACAGGGUCACACCUGUUGUCAUGGUGUUUCUAUCAAGGCAAGACAGAAGUGUUGGACAGACAGUUAUGGACCUGGCUGUGA